CCUCCCUCCCCGAUUCCCGAGUCCCCGCCCCUGGCAAGCUGCAGCCGAGGCAAGCGAUUAGCCGCCGAAGCCGACAGUCACGUUCACCCUGCGCGGCGAUUGGACGACCCCCGGAGGGAGGAGGCGGGCCAGAGUUGUGGAAGGGGUGAAAGUCGUUGGUGUUUACUAGGCGUGAGGUGAGGGGGGGGAUUGUUGAGGAGUUUUUUUUUAUUUAUUUUAAAGGACUGCAGGGUGUUCUUCAUCCUUCAUCUCUCUUUCUUUCUCUCUUUCCCCUCCACUUUGGGGCCUGGAGCUUCCCCAGCCUCACAAGCCUCCUCAGCAAUGGGGCUGCGGAAGAAGAAUAAGAGCCCGCCAGUCCUGAGCCAUGAGUUCGUUAUCCAGAACCACGCGGACGCCGUGUCCUGCCUGGCCAUGGGCCUCCUCUUGGGGCUUAUGUUCGAGGUAUCAGCGCUGUCUAGGGCCUGGGGGCGAGAGAGGGCGGGGGGCGGGUAGGGUGGUCAGCGUAGUAGCGGAGCGCGGGCUUCUCGGCUGAGGCACACCCCUUUCCUUCCCCCUCCUCCGCGCGCGGCCCCGCCCUUUUCCCAAAUCUCGGCUCGGGCACUUCCUUUUCCUUGGCGAUUCUCACCAGCCCCCUCUACGUGUGCCCGUUCACGUUCUUCCUCUGUGCAAGAGAGGCGACGUUAUCCCUGUCGGGGCCGGCUUUGCCUACCGCUCCUCCUUCCUUCCCUCCCUCCCUUCCCCCGCACGGAGUCUUUUGCUCAGAUAACUCGUGAAAGCAAGCCAAGCCACAUGUUAGAGACCCUCUGUCGGGAGAGGGAGGGGUGGGGUGAGGUGGGAUAUAAAUUCUCGGUGGUCGAACUGAUAAGAAGAACAACAACACCCCACAACUAAAUGAUUUCUCGGCAUAGCAGAGAUAGAUGCCUUUGGGUUAAUGUAGCGCUAGAUAAGGCAAAGUGGGAGGCAAAGUACUCCCCCCCCCCGCCCCUUCUCUGAAAGUUUUGUCCUGCCUCUACUAUUACAGUGGUACCUUGGUUUAAGAACAGCUUAGUUUAUGAACAACUUGAAUUAAGAACCCUGCAAACCCGGAAGUAGGUUGAGUUUUUUUGCCUUGGAAUGAGAACAUGUGUCAUUUCCUGUUGAGUGUGUUCCAUUUCUAAAUUGAGUCCCCUGCUGCUAUGGGAAAGCAUGCUUUGGUUUAAGAACGGACUUCCAGAGUGGAUUAAGUUUGUAAACCAAGGUACAGUGGUACCUCGGGUUAAGAACCUAAUUCGUUCUGGAGGUCCGUUCUUAACCUGAAACUGUUCUUAACCUGAGGUAUCACUUUAGCUAGUGGGGCCUCCUGCUGCUGCCGCCACGUAAUUUCUGUUCUCAUCCUGAAGCAAAGUUCUUAACCCAAGGUACUAUUUCUGGGUUAGCGGAGUCUGUAACCUGAAGUGUCUGUAACCCGAGGUACCACUGUAUUCGAAAUUGGCCCACCCUCCAUUUUCAAGGCCCGAGAGAGAGAGAGAGAGAGUGAGUGUAUAAUCUGCUUGGCUGCUCUCUGGAGCUGGUCACACAGUGUUGCAAGCCCAGCCUUGGCAUCUAUUUUCAGCACUGAAGCUCAGUUCUAAGGUGUACGAUAAGAACAGACCUCAGUCAGUAUAAGGAAUCUCAAGUUUCAUUGGUUACUAAACUUUAAUGAGAAGCUAGAUUUGAAGGUUAGUAUUUCUAGACUAGCCUUUUCCAAUCUGGUUGUCUCUUCCAAUCAGCCAGUGCUGAUCGGAGUUGUAGUACAAAACAUCUGGAGGGGCACCAGUUUGAGGAGGACCAGAACUCAGUACAGUAUCUCAUUUUCUGUGUUAAGCAUUGUUUGUAUGUGUACAUUUUGAGGGACUGUCAUAUGUUUAUAUGAGUUGGCAAUCGUGUGGUAUGUGAAAUGCAGCUAUUAGGUGUAUAUUUGGCAUGACACAUAUUAUUGUAGCAUUGAUUAUAACAUAUACUUAUUGAUACCUCUGCUACAUUAGAAAGGGUGUAUGGAGUGUUAGGGGAGCCGUAGUACCUUUGGUAGGGGACAUACGCUCCUUCUGUGAUAGUUUGUCCGCAAUGGGCUCAGCUGCCACCUGUGGCUCCUAGAAGCUGUCAGCAUGUAACUACACCCCAGAAAUGGCUUCAGCUGGCCAGCUAAACCAGGUGUGGGUAUCCGAUUGGUCUCAAACCCUCAGUAAGUUAGUCUCCAGCACAUAGAGCAGAUGAGACCAAUAGUGGGUUCAACAGUCAAGAAGGUGUUUUCUGCAUGUGCUGUAGAGGGAAGUGAGGGGCACAUAAGGCUUAUCAACCUGGGAAGGUAGGCCAUCUAGAAGAAGGAAAACUCUGAUCCUAAAGCUCCAUUGCCUUGUGGGAUUUUGCUGGGAGAACAAAAGGCUAAGGAGUAAGCCCUACACAAAUCCGGAGUGGAAUUCCUAAGAUGGUUGGAUGGUGCCUUGUACACCUCCAUCUGGCAACUCCUGCAGCACCAAACUCCUGCAGAGUUUGGUGCACUCCAUUGUCUCUCAAAACAGAUGGAUGCCAACCAACAUUAGAAAGCUAAUAGGGUGCACGCUAUUCAGAAGGAAUGAGGUGUGUAAAAGUUAUGGAAAGCUGUGUUAAUGUGGUUGGUUGAUUGCUUAAAGAAUGCUUUUUGCCCCAUUUGGUUCAAGCAGGAGGUAAACGAAUUGUGACAAAAAGGUGUAAGAUGUGUAUGUUUGUUCUUUCCUUAUGGGAUACUGUUAAUAUAAACAACUUAACAUGCCUUUUAAGCAGAAGUCUCAAGUGUGGCCAAAUUUACAUAAGCAUGUUCAUCAUAAACCUGCAAAAUGGAAUUUGGAAAAAGACUCAGAAUUACUUUUGCACACCUUAGAUUUGAUAUAAAAUGACUGUGUCACAGUUGUGCCCUGUUUUCAAAAAAUGCCAUCAAACAUGAUGUUACGUAGAGGUGGGCAGGCAAAUCAAUGAACAGUAAAGAGAGGGAUAUGUAGGGUUGAAAAGCCUCCCAUGUGCUUUUCAAGAAUCCCAGCUCAGUCUGAGGCAGUCUUAACAGCAAAGGAAUUAGUAAACAGAUCGGGGGAGUAAAUAGGGAGAAAGGGGCAAUGCUAUGAUUCUGGAACAACAUACAAAUAUGAAUGUUGAAGGAUACAGAGGAAGUUCACAGGGAGCAGCAGGGGAAGGUCAACCAAUUGGGGGUUAGGGAAGAGUUGCUCAGAUCCAGCAAUUUCCUCUCCACUACAGUUUUUACCCUAGUCAUAAAGACAUGUGGAUCUAGACAUUACUUUAGCCCAGGGAUAGGGAACUCUGGUUCUCCACAUGGAUGUUGAAGACCAGUAACAUUUGGAGGGUUUACCCUCACUGCUCUGUUUGCAUGAAAUCUGGAUAUUGCACAGCACUGUUAUAUGACAAAAGAAUUGCAAUGGCUAAGGUGAUGGUCUGAAAAUGAAGUGGUGCUGUUUUUUUUUAUCUAAGGCCAUUGUAAAAAUGGGAAAGUUACAAUAGGGAAAUUAGUUUCUACCUUCACUCAGCAAGGUGUUUGAAUUGGUCUUAGAGUAAAAUACAACCAGAAGAUUUGGCAUAAUUAUGCUCCUCAAUACAACUCAAUGUAGUGCUAGUAUGAGGAGACUUGUAGCAGAUUGUUAACGUAAUCAGGCUGCAAACUGCAGUUGUACUCUUAGAUCUGCAAUACAUUAAGUACAAGUGUAUAAUAGACUGAUGUUUGUGACUGGAAUUUCAGUUUUUAGAGUUGUGAAUAUCUUCCAGAUGGAACUUGCUGUUGGAUUUACAGUAGCAAUAUAAGCAUUCUAAUUCAGUUUACAGUGGUACCUCGGGUUAAGUACUUAAUUCGUUCCGGAGGUCCGUUCUUAACCUGAAACUGUUCUUAACCUGAAGCACCACUUUAGCUAAUGGGGUCUCCCGCUGCUGCCGUGCCGCCGGAGCAUGAUUUCUGUUCUGAUCCUGAAGCAAAGUUCUUAACCUGAAGCACUAUUUCUGGGUUAGCGGAGUCUGUAACCUGAAGCGUAUGUAACCCGAGGUACCACUGUAUAUACUUUUCUUUAUUUCUGCUAAUGGUGAAGGUGCAAAGAUCCUCAGUGACUUUCUGGCUGCAGAUAUUGCCUUAUAUUAUACAUCCAUAUACUUGUUCUUUUAACACGUCUGAUGCCUUGAAAUGCAUUUCCUUAUGGAGUGUAUGGUUUCCUCAAACAACCAAGUGCUACAUAGUAAUAAAAUGAUUUGUUUGCUUAAAAACUAGCAGAGAGUUAGGGAGGUUUUGACUUAAUUGGGUAGCACUUAAUUCCUUGGUGGACUGUGACCAUAAGAUGAUACUCAUUCCUGUACGUAGAGAGUAGGAGUUGUUUUUUUGAAUGUGGAAUUGUAUUCUGCCUUCAGAGAAAAGCAUUUUGUCUUUGUAGUGUCCCUAUUUAUUUGAGUGGAAUGAAUAUGGCUUUCAAAACACUAAGAAAAAUCCUACCAUUGUCAUUGGCUGUAAAUCAUCGCGUGUGUCCUGGCCUGUGUUGGUUAGCUGCCUGUUGCUGAAGGUGGACCAGGAAAGGAUACUUACCUUUGCUUCCAUGCUGUUUUGGUCCCUUGUGAGGAAAUAAUUUUCAUCCCUGUUUCUUGAACUAUCCUCUGAACAACUGUGCCUGCAUCAUAAAGGAGAUUUGGGCCUGAAUGUAAUGUGCAUGCUUCUGUGUAUCAAAAAUAAAAUGGCAAGCAUGUAAACAAUGUAUUAAUGUGUAUUUUGGGGAUCCUUUGCCAAUUUAACACUUUUCGUCCCUUAACAAUGGUUCUGGGGUUGGACUCUCAUGUUUCCUAACAUUUUAGGCCCUGGUUUUUCCUAUGGUUAGUCAUUAUUCUUAUUAUUAUUGAUGCCUGCACAUGUUAAGCAUGGCUAAUGCUAAGCUGGCUUUGUUCAUAACAAGAACUUAGGAGCCAACAUCAAAACUUAGCUUUGGGUCCUCCUCAUGAUCAAACCCAGCUUAGUGUGUUAACCACGUUUUACAUCAGUUGUAGACAUAAUGACUAACUGUGAGUAAAACUCACGGGAGUGAGGAUUUGCACAUCAGAGAGCACAAUCUUGUGACUCUGAUCUCUUAAGGGACUGUCAGUGUUACAUCAGUGUCAGCCCUUGGUAUGGCCCAAUUUUAAAUUUGGUGAUACAAUCCUAGACCAAUGAAUGUUUACCAUCCCUGAUGCAUAUAAAUAUAUCAAGACUGAAAGCCAGAAAGUUGUGUGUUAAAACAAAGGAUAAAAACUUUACAGUGGCAGCUUUUAGGAAACAUGUACCGGUAAGUGAUGUAAGCGCUUGCUAAUUUGCCUUCUGUUUUAAAUUUUAGGUUACAGCCAAAUAUGCCAUUAUGUUUAUUACUGUUCAGUACAAUGUUACAUACACCACAGGUAAGAGUAAAACAAAAUCAUCUGCAUGGCUGGCCAUUGAUUUAAACAAUAAAACACUGAUAAGUCUCAUGCCAAUUAUUUACAGUGCAAUUCUGUUCAUGCUUACUCAGAAGUAAGUUCUGCUGAGUUCAGUGGGUCUUACUCCUUAGUUUGUAUAGGAUUGCAGCCUUCAUUUAUAAUCUUUUUGAGUCUGCAGAACAGCCUGAUCCCUGCAUGUAUAUGUCUUUGGGACUGUAAAACAUUAAAAAGUUCACUGACUUAAAAAUGCAAGAGAGAAGACUCUCUUUUAAAUUCCGUUAAUCCUAGAUAGCACAUACUCCUAAGUCUUGAAUUGUUACCCAGUUAUUUCUUGAAGAAUUCAUCAUAGAAAUCUAAGACGUUAGAAAUUAGCCAGACACCAGGCACGUUUUGCAACUGGUGCGGGUCCAAUUGUGACCGCAUGGAGAUCUCUGGAUGCCAGGUUAGCAACUGACAUCUCCAUCUGGCUGGCCCCUCCAGCUUUCUUAACAGGUAAGCAGAAGAGCUUAUUUAUUGCAUUUAUAUCCCACCUUUUUCUCCAAGGAGUACAUGGUUAAUUCACCCCCCUCCUCAAUUAAUCCCUGCAACGACCCUUUUAGGUAGGUUAAGAGACUGUGACUGGCCCAAGGUCACCUAGUGAGCUUCCUGACUAAGUGGCGAUUUGAACCCUAAUCUCCCAGGUCCUAGUCCAACACUAACCACUAUACCAUACUGACUUCCUAGAGUACUUCUGCUAAGGGGAAGCUAUAUAAAUUACGUCCGGAAAUAAAAAGGAGGAAAGUAAAAUGUCACUUACAGAAGGAUCUGAAAUACUUUCCUUGAAGCUUGAAUUUGUUUUAUUCUGAAUUGUUUGAUGUUUUAAUGUGUUGUAAAUCAAUUUGAGAUUUUUUUCUUUAAAAUAUAAAGUGGUAUUGAACUGAAAAUAAUAAUAAAAUGAAGGAUAAACAACAAACACCACCGAGAGAAAUAGUGCCUAGAUAUUGUUGUGGUGACCACAACCUAGGCUAAAAGUGCCUUGGAGAUUGGCUUAUGAGUUUCUAAAACUGAUCUAAGAUAAGCAACAUUGAUGAAAACCAUUUUUGUUUUCUUUUAUUGCCUAAUGGUUUUCCAAGUGCACUCUAUACAGCUGGAUUCUGUUGUAAUAAUAAGAUGUUAUGCAUUUCAGAUGAGAGGCCUGAACUGGUACAUUUCUAUGAGUAUGGUCCAAAAGACGUGGCCACCAUCUUUUUCUACAUGCUUAUAGCCAUUAUUCUUCAUGCAGUGAUUCAGGAAUACAUACUAGAUGUAAGUUGACCAUUAUUAGAUGGGUGUACAUAUUUUGGGUUUGAUAAGUUCUUAGCUCUUAAGAUGGCUUUCUAAAUAAUACAUCUAGUACUUGUCAUGAAGUACUUGAUAUUCGGUGCCAGAAAUCAACAAACUGUUCAUUCAGUGAGUCACUGCAAGGCUUGCUAGAGCAGGGGUUGGGGAUCUGUGGCUUGUCAGAAUCUGACUCCUAUAAGGCCUCGCCAGCAUGGCCAAGGAUGAGGGGAGUUGGAGUCCAUCAACACCUGGAAGCCCACAGCUUCCCUGUCUCUGUGUAAGAGACUUCUCUUACUGUCCUCUCAUUGCUGAGCCAGAAAAUUGAUUCUUUGUCAGUCAAGAAGAGAUACUAGUACCAGUAACCAUAUUGUAUGCAUGCUUGCCCACCAUUCCAGUGGAAUUUGCCUAUUACCCUUUUUAGCUAUACAGUAUGUCAUAAGCUGUACAAAUUGGGCUCUGCACUGUGUGAGGUUCAGUAGCCAGUAUGGGGCACAGCAUGUUACAUUUUUACAAAUACUUGAGUAUUAGGGCUACUCUGAUAGGGUAGAAUCGCUGUGGAUGAUGGUCAUAUUGCUGACCUGGCUAAUAAGGCUAAAAGUCCAAUUCAUAGCAUUAUUGCAUUGGAAUACAAAUAGAGAAGAUAAGAUAAGCACUAACGUUGUGCUGAUUAGAUUAUCCAGAUAGCGUAAUCAGUACAGAAAAACACCCACUUCCUAACUCAUGUAAACUCUUGCUCAUGUUUUUGUUUUUUAAUUUCUAGAAAAUUAAUAGACGUCUCCACUUGUCAAAAACAAAGCAUAGCAAAUUCAACGAAUCAGGGCAACUAGCAGUUUUCUACUUGUUUUCAUUUGUCUGGGGAGCCAGUAUUUUGUCUGCAGUAAGUAAGUCAAGUUAUCUUUCUAGAAUUUCUUCGACAUACAUGUUAGCACAAAAUAUAUGAUCACUUCUUUUACCUGUAUAUUUCUCCCCAUUAGGAAGAAUUCACUACCAAUCCAACUUUAUUGUGGAAAGAUUACCCACAUUCUCGAAUGUUGUAAGUGUUGUUCUUGUGUUCCUUCAUCUGAUUUUAGUGGAUAUUGCUUUACUUGUUCAAUUAACUUUCUGAUGUUCUUCAGGUUGAAUACAUCUCUGCAGUGUCUAAUCUCCAAUCAUAGUUUUAUACAUUUGUGUUGUCACGUCCCCCUCAGUUGCGUUUCUCUCUCUCCAGAAGCUAAUAUAUAUGAAAAAAAGUUAACCUUCCUUUUUUAAGAAAUUGUAACAGUCGCUGGUCUACUUUAGUUGCAUCUCUUGUGACUCUGUUAUGUUCUCUUGAAUUGGGGGACAGGGGAUAAGACUAACCCUCUUCAACCAUUCAUUUUGAAUGAAUGAAGAGGGCAGCAGGUAUAAAAGUCCCAUCUGCAAUGUCCCCUUCCCUAUAAUACACUUAAAAUUUCCCCCUACACAAUCUGUGUCAUGCAUUCUUUUGAAUAUCUGAAUAUUCAUCCUAGAUUUAUAUAAUAGUUUACAAUAUUUGCUGAUAUAUUUACCAGCGUUUGAAAUUAUGUUUGACUUUGCAAAUAGAAUCCAUUUGCAGUCAGCCAGGAUCUUUCCUAAUGCAAGCAGUUUAGACUCCAUUAUGUAUGUAGGAUUGUACAUUAGUUUUCAUUUAGGCUGAAUUUAGUCUGCUGUUCCAUUGUCCAGUCAACUGUGAAGCUCUUCAGAGGGGCUUGGGAUUUUACUGCCCUUCCUAUUUCAUUGUCUGUUUCACACCCAUAUCUUGAUAGUUUAUUUAAAAAAACCCCAGUACAAAUGUAGAUCCAAGUGGGAUCUACUGCCAGUGUAGUGACAGCUAUUUUUGGUUGCCAACACCCUGUCCCCAAUUCCUUGUCCAUAAGAGGAGGGAUCUUCUUAUCCAAUGGUUGCUAUGCUUUUUCAGGAACAUUUGAAAGACUAUGCCAAUUAAGUGCUGUCUGCAUAUUGAGAUUGCAUUUGUCAGGCUACAGUAUGUGGUAGAGUGCCCUUGCUAUCUUUCACUUGUAUACAUAAUAUUUAAACAUUCAUUAAAAUAAAAUAUUAGGGAGUUUUUCUAUGAAUGUUGAGUGUUGCAGAUUAAUUUAAUCAAGAAAGUCAAAUUGUAUGAGCAAAGUCUACAUUCCUGACUGACUUUGCUAACAAAGCCAAAAAAUACACUUGCAAGAUUUCUCUCCCCUUCUGCCUUGGGGGAAAGUGCCUUUCCCCUACAGCAAAGGAGCAUUCCAGCUUCAGCUGAUGCUUGGUUAUAGGAAUUAAAAUCCCUUUGCUCAGCAAUAGCUGAAGAAGCUUCCCUCCCCCCACAUAUUUCUCUUUUGGAGAGUAUAUCAACUUCAGCUGAUACUGGGUGGUGGCAGGCAAAAAACUCCCAUGGAACUUUAUUUGCCCUGGAGCCUGGUAAGGGUGAUGUCAUGGACUGGCUGGAUGGAUGCAGAGGAAUGGUGGGAAGAACCAUUGGUGGGAUGAUGAGCAGUCAGAGGGAGAAUGCUAGGAAGAGAAGGUGUUGGAAGCUGAAGAGGUAACAUGCCUUAGUGAGCUAGGAGAGUCUGUGGUAGAGGGAAGUCCAGAAGAGGCAGAAGCUGAAGCAGGGGAGGAGGGAGGGAGGCAGAGAUGAGCCAGGCUGGUGAAGAGUCACAGGUGUCUCCCUCUCCUGCUGUGACACGCUCUGUUCCCCUCUGGUCUCCCAUAACCAGAUGAAGCAUGAAAGGGGCCAAGGGAGGCUGAGACUUUGAGUCUCAGCAACUGAUCCAUGGGGCAAGAUUUACCGGGGAUGAGCUGCUGUACUCAUUAGGCCUGACACUUUGCCAAGUCUGUACAGAUUGUGUUAUUGCUAAUAAAGAGUUAACUCCAACUUGCAUGGUGUGCUUUACUGCCAGCUCGCUCAUGCCAUGUUGUCCCAGGCAAUCCCUGCCCUGCCUUGCUCCCAGCAUGAGAACUGGAAGGUUACUGAAACUGUUUGGAUUAUCCCCCAUCCCUCCCCCCAUAACAUGAAAGUUAGGAAGAAGGCACAUUGUUCACUAGAUAGCAGAGUCAAAAUUGGCCUGGUGAGUGUAAUGGUUGAAAGAGUUAGGUUAACACUGUUUUUGAAUUUUUAAUUAUUUUGUGUGUGUGUUUAGUUUUCAGGUUAAAUUCUUCUAUAUCUGCCAAAUUGCCUAUUGGCUUCAUUCACUGCCAGAACUGUACUUCCAAAAGAUUCGAAAGGUAUGAGUUGCAAUUUCACCAUAUUUUUAUUGUUAAUAUUCUACCAUAUAAAAACUUUAGGCCAAAAAACAGCAAACUAGAUUUUGGGUACAAAGAGAAUGGUGGGUGUUCCAAAUAAGGAGAAGUUUGAAUGAAAUGGGGAAAACUUAACGUUGCUGCCCUCCCUUUCCAGAACCCAAGAAAAUAGCACUGGAAGACAUUGUGAAGACAAAAUGACGCAGUUAAUGCCUGCAACUCAGUCUGCAUUUCUUAAUUUAAGUAUGAAGAACAAUGAAAGAUCACACAGCUUGCGCAGAGUUGUUUCUUUUGUCUUUUUAAAGUGUAACAUGUCUCCUUUUCCUCUUUCACAUAAUUCUAGGAAGAUAUUCCUAGACAGUUGUACUACAUCUGUCUUUAUAUUGUUCACAUAUCCGGUGCCUACAUUUUGAAGUAAGUACAGGCGUCCCCCCACUUACACGGGGGUUAUGUUCCGGGGCCCCGCAUGCAUAAUUGAAAUUGGGUAAAGUGGGGAGCACCCCACUUUAAUAGAAAGGGAGGGACAGAGAGAGAGAGAGUGGGUGAAGUGACUCUAGAGUAAGGAGGCUUGGAAGUUGGCAAUCUCCCCUAUGGAGAGGCAGUAGUGAGGUGGACUGGGUGAGCAUCAGGGGAACAAGGCUGGGCUAGGCAAGUUGGCUUCCUCCCCUCCUCCCGCUGUCCAAUCCAAAAUGCAAGCAAGGUCUGGAAGAGAAAAAAAAAGGCACAUCAUUCCCCAGUGGGGGACUAGGGCACUCAGUAUGUGCAGGCUCCAUCCCAAGACUGCCGAGCCAUCCCGGCUGUGGCAUCUGGCUGCAAACCAGGCAAAGGGGUGAGAAGGGCAGCUGAGAGCAACUGCCACUGGGCAUGUUGUCUUCCCACCACCUGUGCUGCCUCCAUGUUCCAGUGCUGCUGUGCUGCAGCCCAGACAGGGAGGCAGGUGGACAGUUCCAGGAGGCUGAGUGUUUGUGUUGUCCCAGCCAAAAGGCAGGCAAGCAAGCAGUCAGGUGAGCAAACAAGCAGGCGAUCAGCUCCUUGCACGGUGGGAGGACUCUCUGCAGUCUGCUCCCCUUCAGCUGCUUCAAGGGUUCAAAUUUGCUGUGGCCUUUCCCUUGUUCGGGUAGUAGCCCCGAGCAAGGGAAAGCCCGCUUUAUUUAGCAGUGACCCAUGUAAAAACAGUUGUGCUUGAGUGGGGUGCGCUUAAGUGGGGGGGUGCCUGUAUCUAUAAACUUUGUAUUUUAUAGCAUGCAAAGUAAAUGUUCAGUAAAUGUGUCUAAACCCUACUACCUAUAUGUUGUGUAAGGAUAAUGACACAAUUGGGAAACAAUGGUUAGAUAAUUUGAUCUUAGCUGAGCUGGGAUUUGAAAACAGAUUUUUCUGUAGCAAAACAAACCGUACUGUAACUAGACCAUGCAUUGGCCUAAUAGUUACUGAUAUCUUGAACUGUGUUAAUAUAUUAAGGAAGAUAUUUAUUUUAAAUAUUUCAGUCUGCAUCGCUUGGGCUUAAUUUUGCUGGUACCGCAUUACCUUGUGGAACUUAUUUUUCAUGCCUCACGCCUUUUCUACUUCAGCGAUGAGAAUAAGCAAAAAGGGUAAUUUCUAUUUAUUAUUACUGUUACUAUUAUGAAAUUAACUUUUAUUUUUCUCCCUCUACCCCUUUCUUUUACUCCUCACCUCUUUUGUUACCAGCAUAAUAGCGUUUGGUUUGGGACCAGGUUAUCUCACUAGUUGUGUGCAUCUAUUGGGCUUCCUGGGUCUUAAGAGCAGCCUUGGAGCAGUUCUCUAGUUUGCCACUGGGAAAGAGCAGGUUGGUAGUUACUAGGUGAAGGCCUUUUUCAGUGGUAGUCCCAUAUCUAUAGAAUUUCUUCCUCCAAGAUUCAAAGGAAUCUCAGGACUUCUAUGUUCCUCUUCUUCCUGUCUUAUACAGCUGUCUUUUGCAGACUUAAAAUAUUGCAUGUGUACAGCAGGGUUGCCCUGUGCCACAUGAUGCAAGUUUUUGAAACUUUUAUUGCAGAAGUAAUAUGAUGUGGAAAGCGCCACUCAGUGGAAAACACUGCUAUUCCUUGAGAAUAAUUCAAUGUCAUGCUAUAUUGAUUGUUCAAUCAGCUCAAGUUUUUCAGCUUGCCAGAUGGAACAAUCCCCCUCUUCCAUCCCCCUUGUGCUGUUCUAGGUUUCUCUAGUCUUACCCCUAGAUUCAAUUUGCUGGAGUGCAUGGAGGAUGGAGGAAAGCCCCAUUGCACAAGUGGAAGUCCUUGUGGACUCAAGAGCAACCUGAUCAAAUUUGCAGAUGACACCAAACUGGGAGGGGUGGCUAACACCCCAGAGGACAGGAUCACACUUCAAAACGACCUUGACAGAUUAGAGAACUGGGCCAAAACAAACAAGAUGAAUUUUAACAGGGAGAAAUGUAAAGUAUUGCACUUGGGCAAAAAAAUGAGAGGCACAAAUACAAGAUGGGUGACACCUGGCUUGAGAGCAGUACAUGUGAAAAGGAUCUAGGAGUCUUGGUUGACCACAAACUUGACAUGAGCCAACAGUGUGACGCGGCAGCUAAAAAAGCCAAUGCAAUUCUGGGCUGCAUCAAUAGGAGUAUAGCAUCUAGAUCAAGGGAAGUAAUAGUGCCACUGUAUUCUGCUCUGGUCAGACCUCACCUGGAGUACUGUGUCCAGUUCUGAGCACCACAGUUCAAGAAGGACACUGACAAACUGGAACGUGUCCAGAGGAGGGCAACCAAAAUGGUCAAAGGCCUGGAAACGAUGCCUUAUGAGGAACGGCUAAGGGAGCUGGGCAUGUUUAGCCUGGAGAAGAGGAGGUUAAGGGGUGAUAUGAUAGCCAUGUUCAAAUAUAUAAAAGGAUGUCACAUAGAGGAGGGAGAAAGGUUGUUUUCUGCUGCUCCAGAGAAGUGGACACGGAGCAAUGGAUCCAAACUACAAGAAAGAAGAUUCCACCUAAACAUUAGGAAGAACUUCCUGACAGUAAGAGCUGUUCAACAGUGGAAUUUGCUGCCAAGGAGUGUGGUGGAGUCUCCUUCUUUGGAGGUCUUUAAGCAGAGGCUUGACAACCAUACGUCAGGAGUGCUCUGAUGGUGUUUCCUGCUUGGCAGGGGGUUGGACUCGAUGGCCCUUGUGGUCUCUUCCAACUCUCUGAUUCUAUGAUUCCGAUGAUGGGAUCUGUUAGAUGCCCUUUCUAAGCAGCUAUUUAGGAUAAUUAUCAGUACAGUAUUCAGGAAACUUAAAAUCUGGUAAUUUGCAUUUGAGACCUGUCAGGAGUAAGCAUGGGCCAAUGGUAUCAAAUAGUAUGGGAAGCAGCCUUAUUAGAAAAACUAACCAAUAAACUGAAACUGACAUGGGGACAAAAACAAUUAGGAAGAAAAAAGGGGAGGGGGUGGGGUCAGGUGGUUAUGCUUCUAUUCUUCUACUUAGUGGGGGGGUGUGACAGCGUUACUUGUAUGGGUUUUCUUAAUAUUCACUAGUUGUAUUUCUUUGGUGGUGAAAGUGGCUGGGGUGGCUUAGGGUGUGGUUGGUUGUCUUUGGUUGGCUGUAGUGAGAAUUUGGGGGGGGGGGAUUGAGUGUGUAUUUUUGAAUCAGGUUAGCCAGAUUGAUUCGUAUGCUGUCGGCGGAUUCUUGUCAUUGUUUUGUUGUGCUGUGUAUGUGAUAAAGGGGAACCAUACCAUGGUGAAUGUAUCUUCUAUAAACCAAUUCAUGAACCAAGAACUUGUACAUUGACCACUAAUAAUGAAACACAUGUUUUAAAUAUUUUACCACAUUUAUUAUGCUAUUUUUGUGAUAUACAAAUGAUGUGAGAAAACUCUGUAUACUUGUUUGUAAAAUAUUAUUCUUGUUUAAAAGAACCAGUUUUUUUUUAAAAAUCUGGUAAUUUAAGGCGUUCAUGAAGCAACUGAUUUGGGGGGAAACACUUACUGUGAAUUUCUUUUCAGAUUUACCCUCUGGGCUCUACUGUUCAUAUUGGCUCGCCUUCUGACUCUAACUUUGUCAGUUCUCACAUUUGGAUUUGGUCUAGCAAGAGCAGAAAAUCCUGGCUUUUCCAUAGCAGAAGGAAAUUUCAACAUACUAACUCUUAGGUAUAGUGAAUUUAAUAAAUGGCAAAGAACAAGCUAUUCUUGCAGGAAAAUGUACUGUUGGUUUUUUAUUAUUGCUCCUUUAAAUAUUACAUUUAUUAAGUUGAUAGGUAAUUUGUGUGAGAUAUCUGAAAUCUAUCUUAAUUGAUCAAGCGGGACCUUGCACGAAAAUGUUGCAAUCUUGAGUUCUUCUGUUCAGGAUUUCAUCCACUCCAUUCUUUUUCUGUUCUUUCCCUCCCCAGUAGAUAGCCAGCAUUCAAUGCCCACUAAGUGUACUCAAACACCCCCCUUUAUUUUUGGUCCCUCCUGGGUUCAGGGUGGGAAGGAGAAACACAACAGUACUCAAUGCCAGCUAUGGUAAAUUAUGGAAUAUGCCCUUUGAUUUAUAGGCAGCUGUUGCUUCUGUCCCAGAACAUUGGGAAUAUUCUCUUUAUUUGGAGUUUGCUGGUAGCUUCUUCUUGUGCAAGCGCAGAAAGAUAUAAAUCAGAAGUACAUGGAAUAGUGUUAGAUAGCUCAAAUAGCAAAACUAUAUAUGAAUUUCUGUUUUGAAAUAAGUAAGUUCCAGCCAUUUCAGCAUUCUGUCUCCAGCAGUGACCAGCCUGGGGUCUCUGACAAGUUCAUCCUCUGCUUGAGCUUGUAUUUGGAAACAGGAGGGAUAUUGCUCCAUAUUUGUUAGGUCUAUUAAUAGUUAUUAGCCAUAUCACUCAGAAACAUCAGAUUGCUUCUAAAAGCACAGGAAAGUGACAUCCUCUUAACAAAGGUGCGGUUGCAUGUCUUGAGUAAUUUUUUUUCCUUCAGUACUCCAUAAAUGUAGAUCAUUUCAAACAUGCUUGCCUCCAACAUAACUUGAGCCAAUUUAAUGCAUUAUUUCUAAACUUUUCAUAUUUAUUGUUCAGUGCUUGUAGUUGUAUUAAUUUCCAUAUAACAUUUUUCAACUUACUAGAAUUAGCUGUCUGGCUGCAAUCUGUUUGACCCAAGCUUGGAUGAUGUGGAAAUUCAUUAAUUUCCAAUUAAAGAAAUGGAGGGAGCAUAUUCAGAAUCAAAUUCCUAAGAAAACAACAAACAUAAAGGUUAAACCAACAAGGAAAGAAUCAUCCAAAGGUAGGUAUAUUCCUCAUACUGAUAUACUGCUAUCAGUCACAAAAUAUAACUGCCACAUUGGCAUGUUGUUCUAAACCAUGGUUUACUGUGAUAAACAUGAGCUGGAGUGCGUGUCUGGCUCAUGUGCUUCCCCUCACCCUUUCCUGGUAGAACAUUUGACUUCAUUUACUUUUCCAGUUUGGCAGUGUUUUACAUCAUUAAGGAAUAUGUUGUGGGAAAGUCCACUAUCAAGGUUUAACUCAAGUAUGCUUGGUUUAGACAAGCUUCAUAACUCUUGGUUCAAAGUUGGCUUGUUUUGAAAUUAAGGUGGGGGGAGAGCUUGGGCUCAUUCAGCUCAUGCACAUUGCAGUAAAUAUAUGAUCCAAUUAUUAAAUUUAUAUCCCACCUUGCCUCCUGAAGGAGUGACCUCUUCCCAAAUUCGGUGGCUUAUUUUACUUCUGAAAAGUGCACAGUGCCACUGUUCGAAGUUAUGGGAGAGGCUUCGGAAACAGGAGUGUUCCUCCUCUCUUAUAGCUCCUAACAAAGACACUGUACCAGAGGAAGAAGUGGGACUUUUCAGAAGUAAGAUCUUUGAAACUCCUUCAUUUCCCCCAUCUUUUUGCCCCAGUGCUUUAAUGGAGUGAAAUCUCCUUCUCUCCUCUGCUGAGUGCCUGUGUGAUUAUCUGGUGAACAUAAGUGUGCUACCUGUAUGGUCUGUUUAAGUGUGUCUUUGCCAUGCCCACUACUGACAUGAAGGCUUCAAUCCUCAUUGAAGCCCUCAGGCUGAAAAAGGUUGGCCACACCUGCACUAAACCAUUGCUUAACAGCUAAAGUUUAGCAUGAUUUGUAUAUGUAGCAAUUGAUGGCUGGAUGUGCAAUAUUAUAGUGGCAGCUUCCAGUGAAAAGCAUGUUACUUGCUUGGUUUCUUAGCACUGGAGUUGGUGUUGUGUUAUAGAAUGUAAUUUGCUCAGUCCAUUCAUCUUGCUGUAGAGACAGAGGAUACCUUGUUGGUUAAGUCUAAAGCAAACUUCAUGUAGGGCUGCAGCGUGGUGUAUGCUUAACAUGUUAAGUGGACUGAAUGAAGCUUAUUUCUGAGUAUACUGAUUUGUAUUGGAUUGCACUAUUAGUUGUUUUUAAAUCCCUGAUUUAACUCUGGUUGUGUACCUUUGAUGAUGAAAGUAUCUGAUCCAGUGGAGUCCUCUUGUGAGCAGAAAAGGGAUUCACACGCUCUUUGGCGAUUCUCCUCCUCCCUCCUGCAGCCCCGGGUGCUGCCUCCCAACUAUGAGAAUGUUUCGGAGCAAAUAUUGGGGGAACAGGGAAACUGUAUGGGGAAAUAGGAAUAUCCACCUACCUUUCUUCCAGAUUUAUCCUUGAGUUGGAGAUGGGGAGUCUAGCAGUUUGGUAAGGUGAAGCUUGGGAUAUUUUCUGGAAAAAUGGUUCUUCAAAGGACUAUGCCAAGACAUGUUCAGAGGGGAGAAUUUUCAAUAAGUUGCAGAGGUGGGUAGCAGAAGGAAGUGACAAAGGAACUGAGAUUAUUUAUGACAUAUGUAAUAGAAGGUACCCAGUAUAAAACUUGGAUGUUUAAGUAAUAAUACAAGUCUAAUCCUGACAAUUUAGGAGAUUACAAUUUUGUGUUUAUAAUUGGUGUUACAUUAAUCAUCUCUUUUUAUUGCAGCUAACUUUGUCAAUGGAGCAGUAAAAUUUGAAGAGGGUACAUCACCUAGAAAAAGAAAAUCAAAAAUGUUAUGAGGAGCAUAGAACCAGAAAGCAACCUUUUAAUUGAAGACUUUGGUGAUUAAUGAAAAUGUUCCAUUACCAGAGUUGUGUUCACUAAAGGACUCUGGUUGAAAUAAUAUAUUUUAAAAAUUCAUCAAAACAAAGUUAUGGUGAGAACACUGUACUUCAACAUGAGUUUUAGCUUAUUUAACCUAUAUGCUCAAUCUCCACUAUUAAUUUCAGUCUUUGAAAAAUUAUUUGUCUUACUCUUGAAUGUAAGUACAAAUCCUUCAAUGCUAUGGAAGGCUUAUAAAUCAGACAUUGCUUUUAUUUGAAGCUUUAAAAUAUAAUUAAUAUUUCAUUUAAGUAUAAAGCUUUUAGAAACUUUAAUUUCUGGACUUGGGCUGGAAGUUGUGUUAGGGGUUUUUCAUUUUGUUUUUUAAGAAAAUGUUUUGCACACUAUUCUCAAACUGUCUGAAAUGUCUAUUCAGAAGUAAUUCCAGAUGGUUUUCCUAUUUUAAAAGUUCAUAAUUUGGAUAACUAUGGUUAAACACAGUGUUUAAGGAAAGAGAAUAAAAUCAAUGAAUAUCUUCAUCUUGGAAAACUGCUAGUUCAUUUGAGGCCACACUGUGUAUUUGAAAAUGACUGUGAAGGCAGUCUAUUAAGGCAGAUUUUGCUGAAUUGGUCUCCUGAAUUGCCUAAUACGAAACCCCACAUAGCUGGCUUUAUUUAUAUAUAAUUACAUGGCUUCUUGAAGUCCUGAAAAGUAAGUUUCAAAACUAAAUCUUCUUCACAUGGUGCUUAAGUUUGAUUUAUGCUGGUUUAGAUACAAUUAACUGUUUCAUGAAUCUAAAAAUGAAUGCUUAACGAGCAGAGCCGCAUAUCAUUUCAGAUUUAAGUCAAAUUUCUUGUAUUAUGUAGUAUAACAAACAACCAAUAUUUUUUUCUUAUUUCAAAACAAGCUGAACCUGGCUCUUCAAUGUCAUAAACAGAUACUUCAUCAGUGGUUAGUAUAACAGAUGUGCAUAAUCACUAAACAGCACAGCUGUGUGAUAAAAUAUCCAAUUAUAAUUAAGGUUUAGAAAAAUGGUUAACCUUUCAAGAGAAGUAUUGUAAAACCCAAAGAGCUUACUAGACUCUUGCAGCUGGCUUCCAGAAGUCCAGUGUUAUUUCUUUUACUUUGACCAAGCUGAAUUUUAUGUCGUCAUGCAGGUUUUUAAACUCCUUACUGAUUGAAGUAUGUUUGUCAUGCAGCAUGGAGGGCAGUUGCAGCUUGAGUAAAAAUAAUUUUGAAGCCCCACUGGGUUCAUUGAACUGCUUUCAGGGCACUGUUUUCAGGCUUCCAUUUAGAAACUUCUUCCCCUACUGCCUUCCCAGGCUAUCUUCUAGAGAAGUAGGAAGUGAAAUAUUUUCUGUAAAUGAGACAAAUGGAAACAUAGACUGCAAUCCUGAAAGCACAUUCUAAGCUCCGUACUUUAGAGUGAGCAAGUAAGCAGUAAGAGCCUCUGCCCUUUAUAUGUGCUGUUGGUUGUGCUAUAUAGGAAUUUUGUGAAAUCUAUAUAAUUAUAUUCAUAUUUAAUUGUGUUUUUUCCUACUAUUCAUUUGGAUUCUGUAAAAGCAUUAACACAAUUUGCUUAAAUGGUCCAAGCUAAUUAAAGUCUGUAAGACACUAUAAAAAUUUGACCCAUAUACUAUUGAAAGUUUUGUAUCUAGUGGCCCCAUACCAACCACCAGACAUUGCCAUAAGCACAAUUUUUUUCCUACUUGGUUCAUUCCCAGAGUGCAUGGAGUUAUCUUAACACUGCACUCAGCUGGGAAGCUAUCACAUGCACAAAUCUCUGUACUUAUUUAAAGCAACUACACUUAAAGCCUUUGAUGGGGAAAAAUGCUUAAAACAGAUGCCUCAAGUACCUUCAUUAGAAACACAAUGGGAGGGUCAUCAGAUAGCAGGCAUGUCCCUGUUUCAUACACAAACUGUAUGAUAAAUUAAAUCACAAGUUAGCUAUUACAGCUUACUGAGUUGUUUUUAAUGUUCACACAAACACAUAUUUAAUAAGCAAGGUUUGCUACCAUGUGCUAUAUAUCAGGAGAACCAUCUACUGUGACAUUGGCAAACCAUUUUCUUAUGAUUGGUUCAGAAAUCAGUCUGCAUCAGUCCUGUGAUGAAAUCAAACCUCACUUCUGACCACGCUUCUGUGACAAACAAGUGACAAAUCAUUCUUUAUUUCUCAUUAACAGUCAAUUAAACGAUUGCCACAUGUUAUUUGAUGUUGCUACAUAGAUAAAAUCAUUCAAUAGGAGAUUUUUUGGUAUGUUAUAUAAACAUAGUCAUCAUCUGUAUGCAGAUGCUAUUCAGGAUUUGAGCCCAUUUUUCUUGUUUCCCAACUUGUUUCUGUGUGCAGAUUAUAGGAAUUUGUCUGACUUCUCACAAUCCUGUAUAUUUCUACUGAAGAUGUUUACCAUUGAACUAGAAUAUAUUUUUUUAUGAUUUUAAUAAAACUUGUUUGUAUAAUGAUGAAUGCCUCAUUUGAUAAAAGUAACUUCUAAGCAGUUUUGAUGAAAAUAUUGUUUCCUGAUUUUAGUGUUCAGUGCUGCUUGCAAUACUAUGUUUUUUUGAACAACUUGCUUAUAGUUCUGGACUAUUAUGUAACAGGGGAGGCCAAAGGCCAGUUACACUAUUACAUCCUAAGGAUGAUAGCUGUGGACACUGUGGGUUUACAGGUUGAAGUCUGUACUGUCUAAAAUGUUUUAUGUUAGCUAAUUUCAAACAGCUUUCUUAAAUAAAUGGCAAACCUAGAACUUUAACACAAUAUGUAUGUACUGUAUCAAUAAUGGAAAAGGUAGUGGUUAUGCCAUUUGAAUUUGUGGAGUCUAUCCACUGCUCCAUAUUGGGAACUAUGUUUCAUAUUCGUGAAAAAAUAUGGUUCAAUAACUGCAUAGUGGCCAGAAAUAAAUUGCAAACAUGCACCUAUAAAUCUUCUAAGCCGCUACACUGACAGAUUUCUUUGUCUCAUUUCCCCCCCAGAAAGCCAAACUUUUUGGUUAUACAGUUUUAACUGAAUGUUACCUUAAAUGUGUGUGGAUAGUUGUGUGCGUGUACACCUGAUAUCUGUAUAAUGGAAAGAAAAUGUCAUUCUGUUGCAGCAUGAAAGGAAUUGAAAAUUGAGUAUCAUACUGCCCUGUGUCAUUGCACCACACUGAUUGAUGUUUUAUGUACUAUCAGAUGCAUUAAAUAAAAAGUGUGCCUUUGCCUUAGGA